ACCUACAGCUUCUGGGGCCCCGGAGGUCGGGAGUUAGUCUUGGAUAUGUAUCAUUCAAAACAGUGCUAUUUUUCUAAAAUGAUUUGUAACGUUGAAAACAGUGAAUGGAGCCCCCCGCCUUCCAUUGUUCAUUGAGUGCAUUACACCGGUAUUAAUUCCUUUCAGCCCUCCGCCAGCCCCCUCUCCACCUGCUACUCAUCAACCGUGACGUCAGAGCGGCGCGGCGCUGGGGAGCUGUCCUCGCGCGGGGGGCGCUGCUGUUGAAACAAGAUGGCUGUACGCGCAGGAGGAGCAGCGGAGGUGAGCUGAGGCAAUGCAGAGGAGGAAGAAGUGGGGGCGAGGAAUUCACUCCUGCUUGUCUUGUAUUGCCAGAACAGCAACAGCUCCGCAGAGAAACAGACGAGCGCUUCAGAGAUUAUGCUGAUUUGUUUCCGUUACUGUUUACCGUAACGUGUGAGUUCUUUUUUUUUUGUAACCAGGAGACAAACAGACUGACCAAACAAAUCACGGAGCACUCAGUAGAGGACAGGCGGGGACGCUCACGCCGCUAGUAGAGAUGUCCCUGCUGUGUGUGGGAGUGAAGAAAGCCAAGCUGGAUGGACCCCAAGAGAAGUUCAACACUUAUGUGACUCUAAAGGUACAAAAUGUGAAGAGCACAACCAUCGCUGUAAGGGGCAACUUGCCCAGCUGGGAGCAAGACUUCAUGUUUGAAAUUAACCGCCUGGACCUGGGUCUGACAAUAGAGGUGUGGAACAAAGGGUUAAUCUGGGACACCAUGGUUGGCACUGUAUGGAUUCCUCUCUGUAACAUUCAACAGUCUAAUGAGGAAGGCCCAGGGGAGUGGCUCACACUUGACUCUCAGGUCAUUAUGGCUGAUAAUGAGAUCUGUGGCACCAAAGAUCCCACUUUCCACCUGGUGCUGCUUGACACACGCUUUGAGCUUCCUCUUGAUAUCCCAGAGGAUGAGGCACGGUACUGGGCCAAAAAACUGGAGCAGCUCAACGCCAUGAGGGACCAAGAUUACUCAUACCGGGAGGAGCAGGAACGCCCUCUCCGUGCACCAGGAACCCAGUGCUGUAACUGGAGUUUAUGGGGAGACCAGCAAAAUGAGGAUCCAGACAGCGCCGUGGACGACAGGGACAGUGACUAUCGCAGUGAAACCAGUAACAGCAUACCCCCUCCUUACUACAGCACAUCCCAGCCCAAUGCUUCUGUCCACCAGUAUCCCAUCAGCCACCAGCACCACAGCUCCAGAAGCUUUUCUUACCCACGCUCGGGCAACAGUCAUGACCUCGACUACCACCAUCAGAGGACUGUCAGUCCCACAGGGAGCUAUGCGUCGUCUGCAGAGCUGAGUAGGUGCAGCAGUCAGCUGAGCGAGGAGGACUAUGGCGGCGAGUAUGGAGAGAGAGACCCUUAUGAUGAGAACGACUCCUACCACUCCUGUCACUCCUCUGUUAGCUACAGUAAAGGGUCUCCAGACUGGGACCCUGAUGAGACGCAGGGUGCAUACAGUGAUGAUGGUGCAUACAGCAAAGAUGGAGGAGAGGAGGUGGCUCUCUAUGAGGAGGAUGACAGAGAGCUGUAUGAGGGUGAAGAAGAGGGGCUUUAUGAGGAUGAGGAGAUGAUGUAUGAGGAUGAGGAUCUGUACAACUUUGAUGGGACCCUCAGUGAGGACAUGGAGCCUCCAUUCACCCCCACCCCUACAUCAACUGCCCUUCCAACUCUCGAUGUACCCAGCUCCAGACCUCCAUUAGAAAAACAGACCUCCCUAAACCAACAGCAGUCCUCUCCUCAACCCCCUAACCAAACAUCCAACCAGGCUCAUCUUCCCGGCACUGCCCCAGCAGCGCAGCCCCCCUCUGUUCAAGCAACAGCCCAACCAUCUAAACAGCCCCAGCCCCAAACACACACUCACCCUCCCCAGCCUGCCCAGCCUCAUCCUCCGGCCUCAAGCUUAUCUCAACAACACCACACAGCUUCACCCAACUCUGUGCAUCCAUCCCACCCAGCCACAAUGGCUAACUCAGCCUCCCAGCCCUCUUCCACUCCUAUGGGCCCUUCCUCCCAACAAACCACAUCCUCUGCACAGCCCCAGUCCCAACUCAAUGGUCCUACCACACGGUCAGCUGCCCCUGAGGACCAGGUUCCCCAGUUGGAGGAAAAGCCAUGGCUAGAGGAGGAAAUGGAAUCAGAGAAGGCAGCCAAAACACCACCUGCCCAACCAGAGGAGAAGCUCCCCAUGGAGGAGAAGGAGGAGCAGUUUAACAAGAGCAAACCACCGACACCAGUAGAGGAAAAAGAGAUGCCUCCUGAGAGUCCUCCAGCCACAGAGGAGCCUAAAGCUCCAGUAGAUCCAGCAGUCAGAGCCAAAGAGAACUGGCUACGGCUCUACAACAAGGUCUUAGUGCAGCUUCACGAGGCUCGAGGAGAAACCUCCUGCUCGUUGUGGUUUGGUAAAGGGGGAAUGGGAGGUGCACUCUACAGUAUUGACAGCAUGCCUGACCUUCGCAAGAGGAAAGCCAUCCCUCUUGUCAGAGAUCUGGCGAUGUCUCUAGUGCAGAACUCUCGUAAAGCUGGAAUCACAUCAGCCAUGGCUUCCACCACUCUCGGCAAUGAAGAGCUGAAGAGCCAUGUUUAUAAAAAGACCCUACAGGCUCUGAUCUACCCCAUCUCCUCCACUACUCCACACAAUUUUGAGGUGUGGACGGCCACCACCCCCACCUACUGCUAUGAAUGUGAGGGGCUACUGUGGGGUAUCGCCCGACAAGGCAUGCGCUGUUCUGAGUGUGGUGUCAAAUGCCACGAAAAGUGCCAGGAUCUGCUCAAUGCCGACUGUCUACAGAGAGCUGCAGAGAAGAGCUCCAAGCACGGGGCAGAGGACCGAACCCAGAACAUCAUCAUGGUUCUGAAGGACCGCAUGAAGAUCAGAGAGAGGAACAAGCCAGAGAUCUUUGAGCUGAUACAGGAAGUGUUUGGCCUCGACAAAGCGACACAUGCCACGCAUAUGAAACAGAUCAAGCAGAGCGUGCUUGACGGUACCUCCAAAUGGUCAGCAAAGAUCAGCAUCACUGUGGUUUGUGCUCAGGGCCUGCAGGCUAAAGACAAAACAGGAUCCAGUGACCCGUAUGUCACAGUUCAAGUUGGGAAGACCAAGAAGAGGACCAAGACCAUCUACGGCAACCUCAACCCUGUCUGGGAAGAAAACUUUCACUUUGAAUGUCACAACUCAUCUGACCGCAUCAAGGUCCGUGUGUGGGACGAAGAUGACGACAUCAAGUCUCGUAUGAAGCAGAGGUUCAAACGUGAGAGUGACGACUUCCUCGGUCAAACCAUCAUUGAAGUUCGCACUCUGAGCGGGGAGAUGGACGUUUGGUACAACCUUGAUAAGAGAACAGAUAAGUCUGCUGUGUCGGGGGCCAUCCGGAUGCACAUAAGCGUGGAGAUCAAAGGAGAGGAGACAGUGGCUCCUUACCAUGUCCAGUACACCUGUCUACAUGAGCAUCUGUUCCAGUACACCACUGAGGAGCAGAACGGUGGCGUGGUAAAGAUCCCUGAUGCCAAAGGGGAUGAUGCCUGGAAGGUGUAUUUUGAGGAGACAGCUCAGGAAAUAGUGGAUGAGUUUGCCAUGAGAUACGGAGUAGAAUCCAUCUACCAGGCCAUGACCCACUUUGCCUGCUUGUCUUCUAAGUACAUGUGUCCAGGAGUGCCAGCUGUGAUGAGCACCCUGCUGGCCAAUAUCAACGCUUACUACGCCCACACCACCCAGUCCUCCAACAAUGUGUCUGCUUCAGACAGAUUUGCUGCAUCAAACUUUGGUAAAGAGAGGUUUGUCAAACUGCUGGAUCAGUUGCACAACUCCUUGAGGAUCGACCUGUCCAUGUACCGGAAUAACUUUCCUGCCAGCAGUCCUGAACGGCUACAAGAUCUCAAGUCUACUGUUGAUCUCUUGACUAGCAUAACAUUCUUCAGGAUGAAGGUCCAGGAGCUGCAGAGUCCCCCCAGGGCGAGCCAGGUGGUGAAGGACUGCGUGAAAGCUUGUCUCAACUCCACAUACGAGUAUAUUUUCAACAACUGCCAUGACCUCUACAACAGGGAAUAUCAGACAGAUCCUUCAAAGGCGGUCCCUCCAGAUGAGCAGGGUCCCAGCAUCAAAAACCUGGACUUCUGGUCUAAACUCAUCACUCUCAUUGUCUCCAUCAUAGAAGAGGACAAAAACUCCUACACUCCUUGCCUUAAUCAGUUUCCCCAGGAGCUGAAUGUGGGCAAGAUCAGUGCCGAGGUCAUGUGGAAUAUGUUUGCACAAGAUAUGAAAUAUGCAAUGGAGGAGCAUGAGAAGCACCGCCUGUGUAAAAGCGCCGACUAUAUGAACUUGCACUUCAAGGUGAAGUGGCUCUAUAAUGAGUACUGCAAGGAACUGCCCACUUUCCAGAAGCAUGUACCUGAUUAUCCAGCCUGGUUUGAGCCGUUUGUCAUCAUGUGGUUGGAUGAAAAUGAAGAAGUGUCCAGAGAUUUUCUCCAUGGAGCCCUGGAGAGGGACAAAAAAGACGGGUUCCAGGUCACAUCAGAGCACGCUUUGUUCUCCUGCUCAGUGGUUGACGUGUUCUCUCAGCUCAAUCAGAGCUUUGAGAUCAUCCGCAAACUGGAGUGUCCUGACCCUCAGAUUGUUGGCAAUUACAUGAAGAGAUUCGCCAAGACUAUUGGCAAUGUCCUGCUGUCUUACGCAGACAUCAUAGCAAAGGACUUUCCAAAUCAUGUCAAGAAAGAGAAAGUGCCAUGUAUCAUCAUCAAUAACAUCCAGCAGCUCAGAGUGCAGUUGGAGAAGAUGUUUGAGGCCAUGGGAGGCAAAAAUCUCAAUGUGGAGGCUAGUGACUUCCUCAAGGAUCUGCAAAACAAACUCAACAACGUCAUGGAUGACCUCAGCCACAUCUUUGCAGUCAGUUUCCAGCCCCAGAUUGAGGACAAUGUGAGGCAGAUGGGGGACAUUCUAGCUCAAGUCAAAGGUCAGACUGUCCCAGCCAACGGCAGCGUAGUUCAGGAAGCUGACAACGUCCUGCAGCCCAUCAUGGACUUUCUGGAUAGCAACCUGUCGCUGUUUGCAAAGAUCUGUGAGAAGACGGUCUUGAAGAGAGUCCUGAAGGAACUGUGGAGGCUAGUGAUGAACACCAUGGAAAAAACAAUAGUGCUUCCAACACUUAGUGACCAGACGGGCACCCAGAUGAUCUUCAACGCUGCUAAGGAGCUGGGCCAGCUCUCCAAGCUCAAGGAGCACAUGGGCCGAGAGGAGGCCAAGGCGCUGACUCCUAAACAGUGUGCGGUAAUAGAGCUGGCACUGGACACUAUUAAGCAAUAUUUCCAUGCCGGUGGCGUGGGCCUGAAGAAAACGUUCUUGGAAAAGAGCCCGGACCUGCAGUCUCUGCGCUAUGCCUUGUCUCUGUACACACAGGCCACAGACAAACUCAUCAGGAAGUUUGUCCUCUCACAGAACACUCAAGUCCAUGGAGGGAAAGGGAUCAGGUACACGGCAAAUGAAGACACACCACCAGAGAAAGCACCUGGAGUGGAUGCAGUUGGUGAGGUGGUCAUGAAUGUGGAUAUCUUACCCCAGCCUAAUGGAGAACACAAGAUCAGUGUCAAAGUGGUGGCUGCUAAUGAUCUGAAAUGGAAGGCGCAGGGCUUCAGGCCCUUUGUGGAAGUCUACAUCAUCGGUCCUCACCUCAGCGACAAGAAGAGAAAAUUUGCCACCAAGUCCAAGAACAACAGCUGGUCACCCAAGUUCAACGAGAACUUCCAGUACUCACUGGGCACUGAGGUGGGUCCAGAGAGCUACGAGCUGCAGGUGUGUGUGAAGGACUACUGCUUCGCCAGAGAGGACCGUACUGUGGGCAUGGCUGUGCUGCAGGUAAAGGACAUAGCCAACAAGGGCAGUGUCACCUGCUGGCUGCCCCUGGGACGACGCAUCCACAUGGAUGAGACGGGCCUGACGGUACUGCGCAUCCUCUCUCAGCGUAACAACGACGACGUUGCAAAGGAGUUUGUGAAGCUCAAGUCGGACCAGCGCUCAGCUGAGGAGGGCCGCAGCUGAGGGAGGAGAACACCAGAGACAUGCCUAAUAGACAGAGUAUUAUGCACACAUAUACUGCUCACACCUACACAGAUAGACAACCAUGUGCAAUACAGAAGCACACACUUGAAAAUGCUCUCUUUUACUUAUAUCUGCGUACAUUAUGCAACAUUUACAUUGCAAUGUUAUCAAUGCAAACAUGGGGGGAAUAUGUCAGUGUAAAGUCAUGUUUCAUUUUAAAUAUUUCAACAGCCCAAUUCAGACUUCUCAGUUUAGGCAUAGCCUCACAUUAGCAAGCCGUUCAUCCAUUUCAGUCACCUUUUGUAUGUUGUUACAUUUAGAUGUGAUCUAAUGUAAUGCUGAACAACAAAACCAUGUGAAUAGUUUGAGAAUGACCACUUUGCACUUUUGCUUCAGCCUUCAGGAGAGCAGUCGUUGCCUAGCUAUGCUCUGUCUGUCCACCUGCCUAUCUGUCUGUAGUUCAGCAUCCCUGCUAUUUUUUCCUGCAUAGUCUUCCCACAAUGUGAUGUGUUCAGGCACAGAUCUAAGAUCAGCUUCCUUACGCCCAAAAAAGCAUAACACUGACCACAGAUCAGUGUCCAGGGGCAACAUCUGUGCUAGUCUGUUUUGUAAUGUACUAACAUCCUGCAUGUUGACCCCAGGAACACUGUGAUGCACUUGCUAUAACCAUGGCAACCAUUCCCCUCCUGAAUAAAAAAUGGGUGCCUCCAAUAUUUUACCAGUGUGAGCAUGGUGCAUAUAACCCUGGUACAGUAAGGUUUUAUGAAUAUGACCUGACUGACCUUCAACAGUGGAUCAGUGCUGACCUGAUAUGUGUCGAUAGGAGUAAAAGGUGCGGCCACAAUGUGCAUUUUUUAAAAAAACGUUUCUUGCUUCACACCACGACAAACGGAGCAAUACCACAGUGUCUAACACUUCUACACCCCUAGAGUGCACAUUAAUUCAGAAAAGGGCUACAGGAUCAUUGGACUGGGAUGUCAGUUUACGCACUAAUCCAUACUGUCCAUGCUCUGCCAUAGAACUUCCACCACACUGCGUUUCAGUAAGUCUUUCAAGUCUGUGGAGGAACUUGAAAUACAUCCACACGAAGCCCAGAAGGACACACUCGGGAGAACACUUUCCUCCUGGUUGCCUGCACACGUACCUAUAUCCCUCUCUUUAAGGCAAUAGUGGUUUGUUUGUAUGUUCAGUGAACCUUGAGGUUUUUAUGAGGAACAAGCUGUUUGUGAAUGCUGCUGUGUUUUUGUUAAUUUGUGUGUGCAUGUGUGUGUGAGCAUGUUUGUGGGCUGAUUGUCACACCUGCAAAAUGGGCUCUGAGAUUGUGAGCAAUAUCUUUUAACUACAUACCCAACAUGUAUACGCUGUCAGUGUAACUCCAGCAGCACUAACUGCAAUAUUCAGAUCCAAGGCGUGGCAAAUUUGUAAAGCACUAAGGUGUUUUAUUUAUGGACUCAUAAAAUCCCCAUUCCUGGUGGAAGUGUGUUCACCUUUUCUCACAUAUUAUUAAGAUAGAUGGAAAAUGUUUAGUCCUUUGACUAUUUGCCUUUAGUAGGACCAAAUUUACACAAACCAGAGCUCAUGUUUGUAUUUGUUUGGUUUUGCUUUCAAAUAAAGAAGCCAUCAGAGUCACCGCCAAGCAUUUAUGGUGUUAAGUAUUGUCAUGUGUGUUUACCUGUGAGCAGGAACCCACAGUCGUAGUCCAGCUCAUCUCAUAGUCUCUUUGUGAUGAUGACUUCAUGAUGUCAGUGACAGUGAAUAAAUGCUGUGGGGCAACAGCACAGCAGACAAAGCUGCUGACCUGUCACAUGUUGUCUUUUCUGAAUACUGGUGAAUGCUACCAAAAACAAAUCUUCUGAAUGUUAUUUAUCCUCAGCAAAGGCUUCUUUCUACCAUCAAAGGGAUGUGUAAAUCCAAAACCACGACUAGCUUGUGGAUGCCAACUAAUGCCUUUGAGUUAGGCCUCCAAAUUUCACUUUAAUAAAUGGUUCACACAUUCAGUCAUAUCUUUGAUUUAUGGGUGAACUAGCCUUUCAGAAGGAGCUUUCCACUCCAUCUCUGUGACAUACAGUGCAGUUACAAUGUUUGUAUGUGUUGUGUGUAAGCAAUCCCAGGGCUCAGGGUAAAACCUGACUCGUUAGGUUGUAGCUGAAAAAAAAAAUGGCAACGCAAAAUGACAUAAGUUCAGGCUUGCUGGUUGCCUGCUUCACUGUUUGCAUACAGACACCGCUGUACACACACGCGCACACACUGUUCUUUGCUCAAGCACAAAAAGGGCACAUAUAAAACGACAUGCAUGCAUGCACGCCAACGCAACUUUGUGGAGACAAAUGAUGCCCACCCUGUGAAUAGAACCGACUUACAAUUGCAUGAUGCAAAACUUUAUUGUGCCAGCACGCGUCUCUUUGAUGUUACUUGACUUUUUACUUUCUUUGCUUUUAUUUUCCGAAGCUAUGUACUGAUAACUCAUCAAUGUGUUUUUGCUUUUCAGAAAGGUUUGUGAAUACAUCUUCUGUAACCAGUACGAAUGUAGUGUGAACACAACUUGCAUCUGAGGAUUAUUUUCUACUAAGAAUGUUUCUAAUUUGUUUCUUAUCAUUAAUUGUUCUUUAUCGAGGAUGAAGUGGAACUGGAAUGCAGCCUGACUGUGAUCUGCUUCCUAUUAAAA